GCGAUAUGGUAUUUAAUUCAAAAUUAGUUAUCAAGCGGAAAUCAUCACUCAAAAUAUGAGGAGUUUCAUAGUUUUAGUAGUCCUUAGCUUUGUGCUUGUUGCAAGUGCUGACAAAAAAGAAGAUAAUUCUCAUAAAACUACAGUUCGAGUAAAACCUGGAAUUUUGAGCAUACUUCUGGGUUCAAAACCAACGAGUAUCAGUGUCGAAGGAAGUACUAAAAAACAACAAAAAGUUCCAGCUUUAUUGUCUUACUAUCCAAUUUUAGCUGAUUAUCCAUCAGAACAAAAACCUGAGAAAAAACCAUCCAAACAAAAAGAUGAACAACAAGAAUCAACUUCAAAUCCUAACUCAGAUCCUUAUACAUUUUUGCCACAAAGACCAAUCUAUCCACAAGCAUAUCCAGUUCCAGUAGGCUUGCCAUAUCCACAAAUUCCACCAUAUGGGGGAUAUGGUCCCGGUUAUCCACCAAUGUAUCCAGUUGGCAUCCCACCUUAUGGACAAUAUCCAAUGUAUCCACCACCUAUGUAUCCGUAUCCAUCGAAAUAUCCAUAUUCAGGAUACACUGGCUAUAUGGGUUAUCCCGGUUAUCCUGGCUAUCCACUUCAUGCUGAACCUAGCAAUGAGCAGUCUGGAUCGUCAUCAGCUCCUGCUUCACAAAAUCCAAAAUUGGAAAAUGGACAAACUGUUACAAGUCCACAAACAGAAGUCGAACCUGAUGAUAUUAAUGAGAUUGAUCCUUAUGUUCGAGUGACUAAAACAACACCUGCACCUUUGGCUUCGAUGCCUUCAGUGUCUUCUUCAGUCCCUGUGCCUUCCACUUCAGUGCCAAUGCUUUCGGAUAAACCUGAGUCUUCAGCCGCACCUGAAUCUUCAGCUGUUAUUGAAUCGUCAUCCGUUUCUGAAUCAUCAGCCGUUACUGAAUCUUCAGCACUGCCUGAAUCUUCACCCAUGCCUGAAUCCUUAGCCGUGCCUAUGUCUUCAGCCAUGCCUAUGCCAUCGAAUAUGCUCUUGGCUUCGUCUGAGCCUAUUCCAAUGCCAAUGACUAUGUCUCCUUCAAUGCUUAUGUCUCAGCCUGAACCUAACUCUUCUUCAAAGCCUGUGUCUUCGGAUUUGCCUGUUACGUCAUCUAAGCCCAUGACUUCGCGAUAAACAUUUAGUAAAUAUUCAAGACGGUAGACAAAACUUCGAUUUAAAUAAAUUAAUUUAUUGA